AAGCACUAACCGUCGGAUACUGCUCCUCAUAACCUUUCUUUUCUUCAGUGACAAUGCCCUCUGCCGUAGAGCUACAGGAUCCUGGAAGUACAGCUUACAAGAAGGCCAAACGAAAACACCUCAAGACGAUACGAAACAGGCCAGAACACGUAGAUGCAGACUGGACACCUUUCCGUGCAGCUGAAAAGAAAUACAAGGCUCGAUUUCCACCUCCUGAUCUAUCUGCUGUCUUCGACUUGGCUGCAUCAGACCCUACAAGAGUUGAAGAAAUCAAAUGUGGAGGUUGGAAAGGUCGUGCGGACGCUGUGGACCACCGGGAGAUUGAUCUGGGUGAAGGGACGUCGAAGAAGGCGUAUAUUUUCCCUAGUGUUCCCGGCCUAGUGCUUCUUCCAUCCUUCGUGUCACCUCAGGAGCAGCGACGACUUGUGCAGUGGUCACUCAAGGAUCAUGCACGACACCCAAAUGAGACAAAUCUUGAUACUCAUUACAUUUUGCCUCACGAUGGCCUCUGGAACAGUUUCUUAAGGUCUAGGAAUGAGGGCUCUCCUGAAGAACAGAUUCAGCCAAGAGCAUCGGUUCUCGAUUCAUCUCCACAACUUAUACAGGACUCAGGCCCUCGGCCGCUCAUCUCAAACGUGCCCGUGUCUAAGUCAAACUUCAUCCCUCUUAUCACAACUCCGAAACUUCCUGCACCCCCGUCUCUGACUGUGAAGCCGACACUUGUCUCUGCACUGAUACCGAAGUUACGAUGGGCUAAUAUCGGAUGGUAUUAUCACUGGGGUACCAAACAAUACGAUUUCUCCAGAGGAAAGAUUGAUGUUGAUCCUGUUAUUUCGAAUGUUUGCAAGAAGACUGUGAGUACGGUACCUUGGGCCGAAGUCCAUGGAAAUACCCAAAACGCAGAUGGAUGGAGCGACGAUGAGCAUUGGUCUACCUGGAAUGAUUCAUAUGAACCCGAUGCUGGCAUCGUCAAUUUCUAUCAAACCAAGGAUACCCUUAUGGCGCACGUAGACCGCUCGGAAGUCUGUGCGACAUCUCCGCUGGUAUCAAUAUCUCUAGGAUGUGCCGCGGUGUUCCUGAUGGGAGGCCUCACACGAGACGUCGAGCCUAUACCCAUCCUUCUACGCUCAGGUGAUGUCGUCAUAAUGUCUGGACCUCAAUGUCGUAGAGCCUAUCAUGGUGUUCCACGAAUACUUGAGGAUACACUUCCAGCUCUCUUUGGCAGCACUCGUAUCCAGGAAGACAAAGACUGGCCUCUGUAUGAAGAGUACAUGCGCACGACACGUAUCAAUAUCAACGUGAGACAAGUCUUUCCCAAGGGCUUCAAACCAGAACUCGACCUGCCAGGUUUGCACGAUACGAAUCGAUCUUGAGCGCGAAUUUGUACUCGCCGUAUCUGGAGAAUAUCAUCUGGAUCCAACAUUGGUAUAAUUGAUGUCCGCUCUAUAGAGACAUGAAUAAAUCAAUCUGCAGGAAUUCGACGUAAUUGACCCAGGCAGGGUAUUCGGCUCGAGGUAUCAACAAUAUUUCAUCCCCUGGACGUAAAGCACUCAGCCAUUCCUUCUUAUC